AGCUAGCUUUUGAGCAGAUAACUGAGGCAUCCGAUGUAUUUAGGCUUAGCUCUGGACCUACACGCCCACAGCCCUCCUGCUCACACCAAGGCACCUGCGCGAGCCGCUCUGGGGGGUGGGGGCGGGGAGUACCAGGAGAGGGAUUGCCUGAAUCUAAGGCUUGGAUGGGUGGCUUCUGUCAGGGAGACAGGGGCGGCUUCCUAGCCCUCCUGGUCUGGCUUCAGCUUCUUCAUCCUCUGUUCAGUGGUAAUUACAAACCCAGGGAGGAUUCCGGCGUGAUGCACAGGUCCCGGAGGCUCCGGAGGCCCCAAAGUAAUCCAGGGGCCCCGGCACAGCAGAGCCGCUUGGAACCCCUGAGUAUUUCACAUCCUUCAGGAGUUCCGGUGUCUCUGGACUGGACUGAGACUCCAGGGUUAGGGCCUCCUUCAGCGACCACAACCAAAAUGAUCCUGGAAUCCAGGAGGUCGUCUCUAGGACAACCGUUUUCUCCAGACACUUGCGGCCAUAGAAUUACAGAGAUAAAUCAUGGAAGUUUAUCUGCAGGGAGGAAGUGGCCUUGGCAGGUGAGCCUGCAGAGUCAAAAUGAACAUGUAUGUGGAGGCUCCCUCAUCAGCCACCGAUGGGUGUUGACUGCGGCCCACUGCAUAUAUGAGCAGGAGGAGUACAUGGUGAUGCUGGGUGACAACGUGUUGCAUUCUGAAAAUGUGACCCUGGUCCCGGUCCAAGACAUCGUUUACCCUUCCGACUUUGACAUUCGAACGAUGAGGGGUGACAUUGCCCUUGCUCUGUUGUACUUCCCUGUGAACUACUCCUCCAUUAUCCAGCCCGUCUGCCUUCCCGGAAAGCCCUUCCGAAUGAAAAACGGGACAGUAUGCUGGGUGACGGGCUGGACCCAACAGAAGGAAAUUGAUGCAGGGUUUGUAUCCGUUCUCCUUCAGGAGGCUCAGCAAAGCAUUCUUCUCCAGAAGUACUGUAAUCAGCUGUUCCAGAGACAGCUGGGAACAUCGAAAAACCUGGUGACUAAAGGGAUGAUCUGCGGUCACCAAGACUCAGGACAGAGUCCUUGUUGGGGAGAUUCUGGGAACCCCCUUGUCUGCGAAUCUGACAACACGUGGACCCAGGUGGGAAUCAUGAGCUGGAGCAUCAGCUGCGGUCAAGUCUCUGUCCCCUCAGUUUACACAGACAUCACUGAAUACAAUGAGUGGGUCAGAUAUAUUUUAAGUCAGGCUUCCCGUAUGGAUUCCACGGGAGCUUUGGUCCUAUACCUGUCUCCCGUGCUACAUCUGGCCCUCCUGGUAGCUCUGUGACCUCCUUAGCCUCCGUCUUCCUGAGGGUUUUGAGUCUGCCACUGGGCCUCUUCUCCGAACUCCCAUUCUGUCUCUCUGCCCUUUCUUCAAAUUCCAGUCAGCAUCCAUUGCCACAGUAGACUGUGGCAGGGAGAUUGGGGACUGCAAAGUGCCCUGACUGGUAUAUUCUGGAUACUCGUCUCAGACACACCCAUGACUGGUGGACAGAGGGUGAACUAACCUGGACCAGAGGACCAGCUUGCUUGCUAGGUGUCGAACAAUGACUCAUAGCAUCUUGAGGGACAUCUGCCAAGUAGAGAUAACAUCAUCAGUGGGACAGACACUAGGCUGCUAAGGUGGCUCUGUUUGCAUCACACAGCUUAGUGACUCCUGGAAGAGAGGGAGAAUGAGAGGGGAGGGAAAGGGAUACACCAGCAAUUCCCUGCAGAGGUACGAGACUGGCACUUAUGCAUCUGGGACUGGCAGAAAUUCCCUUGUACCCACUUGGGGAUCUGCCAGGGAGUGUGCAGCCUCUGCCUCACAGGCUUCUCGGGAAGGCAAUCCUGCCUGGCGCCUUUCCUCAGUACCUCAGUGGUCGAAUCCAGGAUCUCCCCAAGUUGCACUGAGGUUCUGGAGAGGGGAGAUUUCAAACGCACACUGAAUAAAUGUUUGAAGAACG